AUGUCGCUGACAUCCGUCCCCCCCGCAUUCAAGGACCGCUUUGUCGCCAUGCCCGGCUCUACAACCCAAGGACAGCCCUCAGACAAGAGGGAGAGCUCUGCAGCGGAACACGGAGCCCCAUCCUCGGCAGCAGCCACCCUGGUACAACCCCCGCGCGGGGACCAGGAUGCGCAGAGACAGGCCGCGCACACGGCCCAAGCCGGCGGCGGCUUGACCGAGGAAAACGAGCGACAAAUUUCUGGGGCCGGAGCGGCCCGGCGGCAGCCGAGCGACACGCUGUCCCAAAUACUCAUGAUCGACACUAGCCACAUCGAUGUUGAUGAGGGUUUCUCAGGACGGGAAGAAGACUUCUUCGACGAGGAAGAUUUGAGUGAGCCUUGGGGGAUCGUCCAGUUCCUAAACGACGAGAGUAAUAUCCCGGUUUGGGCGCGGCCACUACAUGAAUCGAGAGAGGCGGCCGAGAGAUUCUACAGAUCCAGGGCCGUGAGGCACAUUCGAGACUUUAAUAAUUAUGUCACCGUCUCGCAAGGCCGGUAG